UCUGUUCCCUUAAUGGCCAUGAAUAUUAUGCAGAAAUUGCCGAAGAAUUCAUUGAAGAUGACUUCAAUCUGACUGGCCUGCCAGCUAUAGUUCCGUAUUAUAGAGAAGCUCUGGAGCUAAUACUGGAUGUUGAACCAGAUGAAGAAAGUAUGAGCAAGAUACCAGACGUCAGCAUCAUCGAACCUCACGCCGAAAUGCUCUAUGGAUUGAUUCAUCAGCGAUAUAUACUAACCAAACAAGGAUUACAGCAAAUGCUAGAGAAAUACGAGGCUGGCCACUUUGGCUAUUGUCCCCGCGUCUACUGUGGCCGAUGUAGAGUCUUACCGUGUGGACGGUACGACAUACCGAAUCAAGAAAGUGUUCGUUUAUUUUGCCCUAGCUGCCUGGAUAUAUAUGUUCCUCCGAGCUCUAGAUUUAUGAACAUUGAUGGUGCACAUUUCGGAACUACUUUUCCACAUCUUCUUGUCAAAACUUACGCGGGAUUGGUCCCCGAUGCACCAGAAAAGACCUAUACAGGAAGAUUGUUUGGCUUUCGUAUAAACGAAUUAUCCGAAAGUGGCCCACGAAUGCAAUGGCUGAGAAGGAAAGCUUCCCCCGAAGUGCUUCAAAGCAAAAACUAUCAGAUGUUAACGGGUUCUUCAGCGGCACAACAAACUCGAGCACGACGAGAUCUCAAGUCAUCGGAGCCCACCGACGUUUUUGAAGGCAUGGAGGGUAUUGAAGAAAUCUCGGAAAGCGAUGAAGAAGAGUUGAACGCAUAAUUUAGAAGUCGCCCCAUAAUGUAUAAUAAACAUCCUAUUUUCUUGUAUGGUA